AUGGUCCGUCGGGCUCACAAGAAAUCUCGAAACGGGUGUCUGGAGUGUAAGCGGCGUCAUGUCAAGUGCGACGAAAAACGCCCAAUCUGCUCCAAUUGCACUGCCUCGGAGCGUAUUUGUGAAUAUGGGAGUCGUUGGAUCAACUCGACCCCGACUCCAAGGCCGGCAGCGCCCGUGUCCAGCCUGAGCGGGGGCACUCCCACGCCGGUCGCAUCGCCCUCGCUGUCGCCCGCAGCCACCACGCCUUCUCCCUCAGGGCUCUCCGAUGAACCCCCGGCAGUCAACAUGCUCCACGUCGAGCUCUUUCACAACCUUUACUCAAGCACCCACCGCACCUUCGACCCCAAUGGCUUCCUCCACUGGCUGCCCAGUCUCUUUUCGCAUGCCAUCACUACCCCAUACCUGGUCAACGAGAUGCUCGCCCUCAGCGCCCUGCACCUGAGCACCCUUUACCCUAACAAGCGCGACUACUACCACUACCACGCCGCGCAACUGCAGACCCACGCCCUGUCCAUCUUCCAAGACUCCAACCCGCAAGUCACAGACGAGACCUGCGUCCCGCUCUUCCUCUUCUCCUCGAUCAUGGGCAUCCACAUGCUCUGCGACACGCUCAUCUACCGCGAAAACAACGACGACUUCGACUACUUCGUCACCCGUUUCGCGCACUACCUCCGCCUGCACCAUGGCGUGCGCACCAUCCUCCGCGAAGCAUGGCCGCUCCUCCUCGCCGCCGACAGCGUCGUAAAGCCAGCUCUGGAUCUCGGGAUGGCCCUGUACAAGUUCGACGGCGCGCUUGACCCUCCCCUCCACGCCCUCUGGGACCGCAUCACCGCCGCCAACCUAGGGCCUGAGUUGACGGACCUCUAUAAGAAUGCUGUUGAAUCCCUGCAGGUUUGCACGAACGUCACGAGCACCACCGACAACCCGCACGCUGGGAUUAAUGGCGUCAUUACCUGGCCUGUCUUGGUCAAGGUUGAGUUUGGUGAGGCGCUUACCGCGAGACGGCCCGAGGCGCUGGUGAUUCUUGCGCAUUGGGCGGUGCUGCUGUACAGGUAUCGGGAUUCUUGGAUCUUCGGUGACUCGGGGGCUUAUAUCAUUGAAUCCGUUACGAGGUAUCUAGGGGACGGGUGGUUGGGGUGGUUGGAGGGGCCGCUGGAGGUCAUACAUCCGCGAUCUUGA